CCCUCUCAUUCUUUAAACAUGUAUCAACAAAGAACAGAAAAAAGCACCUGGACUCGACUCAGGUCGCAGCGUUAUGGUAAACGUAUUGCUCCCCUUCGCCCACUUGCAGAGAAAAAGACGCCUACUGUACAUCAAAAAAAGGCAUCCAAAAUCAAUGCAGUUGUUAUUCAAAAAGCGUUUAUAAACAUGUUGAAACAACAAGAACAACUUAUUACUCCUGAUGAUAAUGAUGAUAGUUUGUCGACUCCUUCUUUAUCUAUUUCGUCUUUUUCUGAACAAGAUACAACUGAAUUGGAUUGGCUGCAGGAACUAAGCCAAACAUGUCCUAAUCUUAGUAGUGUUGUAGACACAAGCUUUGAUGAUAGACCCCUACCUCCUUUGCCUCUCACCAAACAACAAAAGGAAGCAUCUAGCCAUAGUAGCUAUAGUAGUACUAGUCUUGAAUUACAAAGCAGGACAAGUUAUUUUAAAAGACAUGCAGCUAUCAAAAUGACGCGUGCAGCGUCCAAGGGGCAAAUUCAAUUAAAGCGCGCUGCUACUUGGUUAGGUUUAGCUGGUCAAAAGUUACUUGCGUCUCCUCAGGUACAAAGUUUAGGAUUGUAUGUGUCACAGAAAUACCAUAGUGCUUCUGAAAAUGUCUUGUUACGAUUGACACAAAGCUAUGGCCAUAACUUGAAUCAUCUCACCACUGGUAAACGGCCACAAGAAAAAGAAAAACCUCCACAAUUAUCCAAUGAUAUCAUCUAUGGUACAGAUUCAGAUCAUUGUGCCUUUAUCAAAAAUCAAUUAAAGCUCAAAGCAUCCCCUGAAAAGAAAACCAAGUAUAGCGUCAACAAGAGAAAGUUUAUUGCACCAAAACGCAUUAUGUAUUGUAGAGUGAUGCAGAUUAUUAAUUUAGCUUCUACUCGAGAUUGUGAUUAUGAGCUACAUGUUCAGUUAAACAAUGUGACAAUGGCAACCAAGAGAGGUGUAUUGCGAAAAAUAGAAAAGAAUGCAAGUGCCGAUAGGCCUUAUGAUGAAGCACUCGUAUUUGAAAUACAAGAACCUUUUUCACUCAAUUUUGUGGUGGCUGCACGUCAUACGAACACCAUUUUUCGAGACGGUUUAGCCAAGAUGGGCAUUUGGCCACUUACCAACGACAAGACAGAAAAGGAGACUAAACUGCCUAUUGCAGGAUACAUUUGUUUGAAUUUUGAAAACAAGAUGGAUGUGUUAGAUCAAGGCGUUUCUCGAUUCCGACUCACCAAACCAGUAGACAAGUCGUUUAACCGUUGGCUUAAUAUAGAAUUGUUGAUUGAUAUCAAAGUGGAAGAGAUCUUACCGGCUGUUGUUCAUCGAUUUCCUUGGUCAUAUACAACCAGUCAACAUUCUGCUUUGUCUUAUGAAAGUGUUGAGGAAGAUAUUGUUUCUAACCCUAAAGAAUUGAUUACUUCACAACAGCAUUGUCAACAGGGAGAUUAUUUGACUAUUUAUACGAGAGGAAGAGGGCAUCCGACAUGGAAGCGAUAUUGGGUUGUUAAGGAAGAACAUCAGCUUGCUUUAUAUGAUUUCUCUUUUAAGGAUACAAAAGAACCAUUGAGCAUUAUCCCCUUAGCACCAUUAAUGGCAGUAGCCAAACCAUCGUUAGACGAUUGCGAAUCUGUUGGGCUUUCAAGAAAGACGGGUAUCAUGCUUCAGUUCAACAGAAGUAGUGCUAUCCUUACUGAAUUUGUUCGAUUGGAAAGCGAUGAGGGGUUGGAAGGAAAGGCUUAUAUCUUUGGAGACAGUGAACAACACACAAUUCAUUGGCGACGAACGUUAAGUGCCUAUGUAUCUGAUCAAACAAGAGAUACAGUCACUUCAAAAGAAGGUGUAGACUUGAAAUUCCUGUGGUAAAUCAUAUUUGAAUGCAUCGACAACGUGCAUAAAAAAUAAAAAUAAAAAAAGGGGAGUCCAAUUCAAUUUUUUUGAAAAUGGUAUAGCUACUACACUUUAUUAGAUUCUAGAAAUUAAGCAGAGCAUGAG